AUGGCAACUGCAUCAUUAAGAAUGUCAUCUGAACAUAAACAAAAAUUGGAUGAACGUGAAGAGUUAAAGAGUAAUCUAGAAAUCGAAUUUGCAAAAUUGGAAACACAACAGCUGGAUAUAAAUCGAGAAAAGAAUUUAGUUAAAUUAAAUUUAAAUGACAUUAAUGAUAACCGAUUACGUAUAGAUAAAGAAAUCAAAGAAAACCAGUCAAAAAUAAAACAGUACGAAGAUAAUAUGAAAGUCGAAUGUACGUAUAUAACAUAUUGUUGAAAGGGUUAUCGAUAUAUCCACAUUUUUGACGAUGAAAAACAGGGAAGUCUUUUAGGAAGGUAGCAUUCGUCUCUGUCACCAAGGAAAGUACGAUUGUUCCUUCAAACUUUUAAAAUCUCAAAUCAGUAAUAAUUGAAAAGGGCGGAGGACGAUAAGACCACAAAUUGGUCCACUCCCAAAUCUAUCUUCUAGUAACUUAUCUAAUGCAGUUUUUGUUCCCAACGAACCCUAUCAUAUUAUUAGACCAUCAAAAUACUUUUCAGUGCCCCUGGAAACAUUUCUGCACAAAACAAUCUUCCGUUAAAUGAAAUUACCCAAAGCAAUUUCAUUAUUUGCCUACAGCAAAUAUCAAGUAGUAUACACCAUUUGACACAGAAUUUUACGAGCUACAAGAUGCUAUAUCAGAUAAUCUUAAGAAAUUGUGUCUCGGUAGUGCAAGAUUGAAAAUGCUGAGUAGCAUCUCAGGAAACAGGCAGAUUAAGGUCAUUAAUGUUAAAAAUGCUCCUUUAUUUUGUCGUUAACCAGUCCACUUCAUAUACCAUUCGAUAGAGAAUUUCACGGACUGUAAAAUGAUAUAUCAGAUAAUCCUAAGGGAAUGUAACUGGGUGGGCUAAGAAUCGAAAUGCUCGGUAGCUGGCAUUAUCCGGCA